AGUACUAGUACAGCGGUGAGUGACAGUCCCGCUCCACGGUAGCUGCUCCGCUCCUCUCCACUCUGCAACAACGAGACCCGAGCCGAGCCGAGCCGAGCAGGGUUGAGGGGACAGACAGACAGACAGACAGACAGAGAGUGAGACAGGCUGCAGCAGGAUGGGCUCCGUGCAGUAAAUGGGAUUAACCCGCUCAGACGGCGCUCGAGCCACUCGCAGCAGUAGCAGCAGCAGUGGUGGUAACGUUAGUAGUGGAGAGUGAAGCGCGAGCUCCGCCGCAUGUGUUCGCCCGUGUGGAGAACUUGCGCCGGCCCGUCCGUCGGACAGAGAAACACGAGCCAAAGAGGAGCGAAACUAACGACAGCUGCAGCCGUCAACAGACCCUGGUUCAGGUUCAACCGCCGGACUCAGCGGUAGCAGCAACCCCAAACCGACCCCCGCCUCCCCUCUCACAUGCCUGCGUUGAUGUGGGGGAGAGGGAGGGGAGCGCAGACGGGGGACGUUUGACUCUUCUCUCUCAACUUGCAGAAAUACGACAAGAGAAGAAGAAGAAGAAGAAACAAAAAGAAAGAGUUUGUGUGUGUGUUUUUGUUUGUUUGUGUGUGUGUGUGUGUGUGUGUGUUUGGGAGGGGGGGGGGGUGAAUACAUGGAGUUGUCGGGUGUGAUGGAGAGCCAAGCGGGCGACCUCCAGAGCUGCGAGGACGUGCGGAAGAGCGGCUACCUCCGCAAGCAGAAGUCCAUGCACCGGCGGUACUUCGUGCUCCGCGCCGCCUCGGAGCGCGGCCCGGCCCGCCUGGAGUACUACGAGAGCGAGAAGAAAUUCCGCGGCAAGGCCCCCAUCCCGAAGAAAGCGGUGGCGCUGGAGACUUGCUUCAACAUCAACAAGCGGGCCGACUCCAAGAACAAGCACAUGAUCGUGCUGUACACGCGGGCCGAGAGUUUCGCCAUCGCCGCGGAGAACGAGGCGGACCAGGACGAGUGGUACCAGGCCAUGGUGGACCUGCAGUGCAAAAGUAAGAGCCUCACUGACAUCGAGGAAGGGGGGGACUAUGGAAUACCCAAUCCUGGGCCUGCGUUCAAAGAGGUGUGGCAGGUGAAGGUGUGGCCCAAAGGCCUGGGUCAAGCCAAGAACUUGGUGGGCAUCUAUCGCCUUUGCCUGACUGACAAGACGGUCAACUUUGUCAAGCUCAACUCUGAUGCUGCUGCCGUGGUGCUGCAGCUGAUGAACGUCCGACGCUGCGGCCAUUCAGAAAACUUCUUCUUCGUCGAGGUGGGACGCUCAGCCGUGACAGGCCCGGGCGAGUUCUGGAUGCAGGUGGAUGACUCUGUGGUGGCCCAGAACAUGCAUGAAACCUUGCUGGAGGCCAUGAAGGCACUGAGCGAAGAGUUUCGCCAACGCAGCAAGUCUCAGUCGAACUCCGGCCCCGGAGGAGGUGCUACUGCUUCUAACCCCAUCAGUGUUCCCUCACGCCGCCAUCACCCAAACCCUCCUCCCAGCCAGGUGGGCUUCACCCGCCGGCCCCGAACGGAGCCCCCAGGAGGAGCUAACAGUGGAGCAGGGGUCAGCAGUGCCAAUGCUUCUCCCACCCCACGGCAUAGUUUUCCGAGGUCUCGCACUGCAAGUGAUGGGGGGAAAGGUGAGGAUGGGACAGGAGGGACCACACCCCUCCAAGGGACUUGUUCCAGCCCUUCCACCAAUGGUUCGUGCUCUACCACCCCGAUCCUCAGGUCAAAAUCAGCCCGUUCAGUCCCCACCACAGCUGCUAAAACUCCUCUUGGGUUGAUGCGUUCCAUCUCCUCUCCAGCACCCUCCCCAGCCCCAAGCCUCUCCUCUAGCUCAGGGCACGGCUCUGAGUUUGGAGUCGUGACAUCUGCAGGUGCUGGUCCAGGGUCUGAUGCCUACAGUCAUAUCCCCUCCCAUCGCGCCUCUGUCUCGGGCUCACCCAGUGACUAUGGCUCCUCAGAUGAGUAUUGCUCGAGUCCUGGGGAUCACACUCUCCUCCCCUCCCCGAGCCUCCCCUGUAGCUCUGUUGGUAGUGCUGGCAGCCAGUCCCUUGGCGAGGAGGGAGCCAAUUAUAUCCUGAUGGGCCAACGUAGUGGUGGUGGUAGCAAUGGCAACCAAGGUGGCUUGACAUCCAGUUCACUGCCAGCACCAGUAACACCAGCCUGUGGCUCCCAGCCACAGACCAGAAGAGUUCUGCGCCGCUCCUCCAGUCGUGAAUGUGAAGCUGAACGUAGGCUGCUGAGCAAGCGGGCUUCGUUACCUCCGAUGGCCCUGGAGAGGCUGGCCCCACGUCAGCGCAGAGCUGAGGAGCCAGCAGAUGAAGAUUCAGCCGAUUAUGCCAUCAUGUCCAGGAGCACUAGCCGUGAGUCCUUUGCUUCCACCUCCUCUACCCCACAGAGGGAAUCGGUCAUAGGUGUUGGGUCAGCAGGGGGAGGAGGAGGGUACUUGGAUGUGGCGGGAGAGUUUAAAAGUGAAGUGGGUGGAGGAGCAAGUGGUAGUGUAGAUAUAGGUGUGGACAAUGGGUACAUGUCCAUGCUGCCUGGCGUCACUCAGCCUCCAGUAUCCCUGUCCCCGUCAUUGUCUGUUUCUGUCCCAGACUCGGAUUCCAAACCUGCUGACGACUACAUGGCUAUGACCCCUAACAACAGUGUGUCCCCGCCACAGCAGAUUCGACCUCCACCAGCUUCUGAUGGCUAUAUGAUAAUGUCCCCCAAUAGCAGCUGCUCCCCUGACCAGCGUGGGGGUCUCUCUGGAGGAGUGUGGGUCGGCAGUGGUAGUGCAGACAGCAGGGCAGGCAGUGACUAUAUGAACAUGUCUCCAAUCAGUGCACGUUCUGUAAAUGGCAGCCCACCACCACCUGAACACAACAGUCAUUUGGAGACCAGUUCUCAACAGCAAGCCCCCAAGAUGGUCUAUUCUUACUAUUCUCUUCCCCGCUCAUACAAACAUAACCCCUCUCCUGGACACUUUGACGAUGGACCCGGACGAGGCAGAAGGUCCAAUGGGAGUUUCACUAGGGGAAUGGGUGGAGGUAGGACUGUGGGAGGGCGUCAGGAGCCAACAGCAGCAGUCAAUUCAGCAGUUGGACGCCACCUGUCACUCUCCUCAUCCUCAUACUCCUCCAGCUCAGCCAGCAGCGAGAGUCUCGGGGAGAGCGAGGACCGAGCUAACCAGACAGUUAGCCCUAUGGCUGGGGGAACUCAGUCCAAAGAUGGGAGUAAGCAGAGACAGGGCUCUGGUGGAUUGUCCAAGCAGGGUAGCCAUAGUAGGAACAGACCAGUGAGCCUGUUUGUUGAUGUAUCCAAGGCUAAUACCCUUCCAAGGGUCCGUGAGAACCCCCUGCCCCCAGAACCUAAGAGCCCUGGGGAGUAUGUAAGCAUUGAGUUUAAGGGGGAGAAGAACAGCCAGACUGGGGUUGGAGGAUGGCGCGGCCGUGGUCUCAGACAUGGCUUAUCACUGCCUCAUGGCUCAAGCAGCAAGCAUAAUCAACACAGGCCAACUUCUUGCUUAGGGGACUUUAUCCCCCUUUCCCGUAGCCCAUCUGCCCCCAUCACCCCCCCAGCUGCCUCUGAGUAUGUCAAUAUGGACUUGGGCCCUUCUCCGUCCCCCUCACCCCUCUCCCUUACUCCUCUAGUUUUCCCCUCCUUCCACACCCCUCCAACGCCACCAACUCUUGCUCAUGCUCCCAAAUCCUGCGAUAAGGGUACUGCUGGCCCUCGUGAAGAGGGGGUCGAAGUGGUUGAAGCCCCACUUAGGAAAAGCAGAGAAAGUGUCCCAUCAGUGUCUGAGUCUGGGUCCCCAUCAUCCUGUGGAGACUACACAGACAUGGUCUUCAGCUUGAACAGCACCACCGUGCCUAGGUCAUCAUCCAGUGUCUCCCCCAAAGCUCCUUCCCCCACCAGGACUGAUCCCUCUGUUCCAGUGCUAUCACGGGGUUUAGAUUUCCCCCUCGCCAAACCUGGACCCAACCCAGACCACGGGGCUAAAGUUAUCCGGGCCGACCCCCAAGGGCGCAGACGGCACUGCUCAGAAACCUUCCUUGCCUCGCCUUCCCUCCCCACCUCUACCUCUACUUCCUCUUCCUCCACUGCCUCCCUCUUUCCAGAACACCCCCAAGCUGUGGCUCGCCGGCUGGGCUUUGAAAGCAUGCUGUGGGGGAACGGUGCUGUGACUGACAACCCCACUCAGUUCGCCCUCCCUGGACAGCAGUCCCUUCCCACAAACUCCACGGAGCAAGGCCUUAACUACAUAGACUUGGACUUGGCCAACAAAGAGGGCCCCCAUUUGGGCCUGGAUGGACCCUCAGGUAGCCAGGCCCCCUCUCGCCUCUUCACUGUACUGGGUGGAGGUUCUGCGGUCGUGGGAGUGGGCGCAGCAGUCGUCAGCAGCAGCAGCAGCAGCUCAACUCUCAACACUUACGCCAGCAUCGACUUCUACAAAUCAGAGGAACUGCGGACGCAUCAGAAUGGAAACAAAGAGGGAACAGAGUGCUGAUGUCAGUGCAUCGUCCUUUGGGAAACAAUCUUGUGCCACUCAGAGAGCUUCAAAGCUUUGCCUGUUCCUUCUGUGACGACCAAUCACAUUGAGGGAGCGGCUGGAUCGGACACGCCCCUGAAGCACUUUGACAGACUGAUGGAAAACUUUCUUUGCUCUUUGCUUUUAUCUUGUUGGCUGUGGGAACCAAGAGAUGUGUGCCAAAUGACAUUCUUGAAAAGCUAUUUGCUGCUCUCAUUCAAGAGUAAAAAUCUAAUAAUUACGGUGGAUAUUUAGUUUAUGGAUAAGAAAAUUAAUAGAAUUAUAUAUCUGCUCAAAAAGUGCCUCAUUUUCAGAUUGUAGCCAUUUUACAAAAAACUUCAACUUAUUGAGACUAACUGACUUUGAGGUUUUUCGGGAGGGUUUUUUGUGCUUGAUUUGAUGUAGUUACAAAAAAAUGCAGCAGAAGAUAAAGCUAAAAGGAGGGGAAGCGUUGGUGUGAGCUUUUGCUGCGUUCAUGUCAUGGUAUGAUUCUGGUGUUUACAACUUGCUAACGACAGUUAAAGAGUUGUUCCUAUGAGGGCUGAAACUACUGUGCAUGGUCAAUACAACACUAUAUCCGUAAAAAUGUACCUCUGUGUCAGUGGGUUUAACAUUCAUAAGUACGACUUGGGUGAAGUUGGAAACUGGAAAAGACAAUCAAACUGAUUCGACAUGAAUGCAGCAUUUCCGCUAACAUUAAUAAUGAUAAAGGUACGAGCUGAUCUGCUGGCCUUCCCGUCUACUGUGAGAAAUAUUAGCGUAGCCUGUGUUAGCAUUCGUCUCGUUGUGACCUGUGCUGCUCUGAUUCUGUCUUUUUAUCUCUCUGUUAACUUUUUUUAACAAAGCCAUACACCUAAAGUAUUAAACACACAGGAUUGAAACAAAGGCCACUUGUAGCAGGGGAUGUAGUAGCUUGCUAGUUAGCUUAAGCCAGCGAGGUCAAAUUAACAUAAGCAUCGUGCCAGGCCGAAGAUUCAGCAUCCUGCUGAGCACAGCUCAGGUUGAGACCCCUGAUACAGAGCCACGGUAUCCCAUUAGUGCUAUUAGCUCCAGACACUUGUGUCUCAUCUAAUCCACUUCGUCUCAGGAUGCGAAAUAACUUUAGGUACAAACAGCGGAGGAUAGAGACCCUAUCAAUAGCCAUGCUAAUCCUAGCUCUGUAGCGAUCAGCACACAGCUUUUAGCACAGGAAAAGGGGUCUUUUCAAUUCUGUCCGUAAUUCUGUUCUCAGUUAUUUUAUACAUUAAGGUACCAAACUGUUUCAAAUUAUACACUUUUACAUUUUUAAACUGGUCGAAUUGAAA